AUGGAGUUGGCCAUUCAAGAAGACAUCAGAAGCAGCAAGACGUUCCAGACACUUUGUGAGACGGAUCGACAGAUUUUGGAGAGACGCCGUCUGGACGCUCACGAGCUCAUUGAAAAGUUUGUAAACGAGCCAGAAUCAUCAACAUCGUUGGCGUUGGUCCCAGUAAACACUCGCCAGGCUCAAAAAGCGCGUCAAGCAGCUCAAAAACAACAACAGGCGAAUCUUCUGGCUCCACUCUACACUCCACGAGUCAGCAUCGAUUUGGCGAUUGGACUUCAGAAGUUCACAGGAAGCAUGGAUUCAACAGCGGCGUUCUGCCAGGCAGGCGCUUCUAGAGUUCUUGCUCAGUUGGCCGAGGAGCAAGGAGCAGGAGGACCAAAGAAGAAUCAAUUGGCACUGUGCCAAGUGUCCACGUCAUCAAGAACAGAGCACCUUCGAUCACUUCAAGAGGCUAUGGAGCAUGAGCUAGAGGAGUUGGGAAUCUCAAAACUUCAAGAUAUGCCAUGUGAUAUUUGUAAAUACGCAUUCCCAGCGAAUCGUCUCUACGUCAUCACCCUCCCUGUCAAAAAUCCCAAAAAAUCGGAAAAUUCAUCAGUCCAACGAUGCGGUGGAUGCUGGAAAGGAAAGCUUCCUUCCAGAAGUCUCUACAGUAUCCUAGUCACUGGAAAAGCUGAGAAAUUCGUGAAAAACGUUGAGAAACGCAUGGAAUGUUUGUAUGGGGACUGGGAUGAGAGAAUCACUCCAAUGGUUCAGAUGCUCAAGGAGAACGUGCUCCGUCCACAGGAAAUUGUGCAACUUCUCAAGGGAUGCGCCACGCCUGUGGAGUUUAAUGGAGCGUGCGCUGUGGUUAUUCUCACCACAAUCGCCUUCUAUUUGGACUACGUCGGCUUUCGCCGCAGCUGUGACAUGCUUCUCGCGUUGAAGCCAACCGCCACCUACGCUCAACUCUUCGAAAUUUUUGCGAUUUUCUUCCCGAACCGCGCCAAGGGCAUCAAGACUGGCGACUUUUUGUAA